AGAUUGGUUGGUGGAGUUCGGUACAUGUGGCAUUUGAAAGAUGGAUAGGCCAAUAUAACAGUGGAAAGAGGGGCAAGCAACAAUGGUCUGUUAUAUCGGCGGGGCGAUCCUGCCGCAUGAGAGCCAGGUAAAGGGAUAAGAUCAAGCGUUCAGCGUGCCCGAUAUACUCUUACAUGCGGCAAGAGAUGAUGGGCGCGGCUUUGGCAUUGGAAUUCCGGUCUCUAUGCUGCUUGGAGUGUCGGGUCGGAGGACGGAAUAUGGACCCACAAAAGGAAGCUCCGAUGGCCGUUCCGGCUUGGAUCGGGAUCGGCCCCCACAUACGGCGGUACGGCGUGUUUCAGAACCCAGUAGUGGCCCGAACUGCGCGGACACAGUAUCAGAGUACCUAGCUACGGCUUGGAAAGGUCAUCUGAGACGUGCUAUGCAGCCGAUUGGCAGACAGCCAAUUCAUAGCUCGUCAAAUUGUCUUGGUACUGUUCGGUGCAGCUGGGCAAUGCGCGCAGAUUGCAAUCCAGAUGCCAACUAUAGCCGCUCCUGGUGUGGAUUGAAACAGGAACCUAUGGGGUAUGUGGCGAUGCCCGACUGUCAAUCCAAAUCGACUGAUAAUUUGCCAGAAAUCAUCAACCGUUGCUGUUUUCUAGACCUAAGGGCGUGGCACAAUAUUAAGUCGCCGACGCAAGGCUGGGUUUCGCGGUGUGGGCUAUUUGACUAAGACAGGGUCUCGUUUGAAAGUUGGUGGACACGUGUUCACACGAGACGUCGAUAAGUGAGUGCACUG